AUGUUACUUCCCGAGCCGAUAUGCGAAAGCCCAUCGAUUAAUUUGGUAGAUGAAAAUGCUAGCGGUUCCGUUACCUUGCCAAUGCGAAGUGUCGUUUUUGAUUUGAAUUGCUCGAAGCUUUGCUUCAAUCGUACAUAUAUGCAUGACAAAGCUCUCUUGACAUCGCCGCCUACCCUAUUCGAUAAUAAAAGAAAUAUUCAGAUCAAAUGA